GCCCUUCCCGUUUGCUUACACAUUAUAAAUAAACCCCCCCAAACCCCCCAAUUCCCCGUGCCCACCGCCAUCCUCCUCCUCCACUCCCCACCGUCUCCCUCCUCAUCUCCGGCGCCGCUCCGCGCGACUCCUCCAAGGAAAGAUGGCGUCCCAUAUUGUUGGAUACCCUCGCAUGGGCCCCAAGAGGGAGCUCAAGUUUGCCUUGGAGUCUUUCUGGGAUGGCAAGAGCAGCGCUGAGGAUUUGGAGAAGGUUGCCGCUGACCUCAGGGCCAGCAUCUGGAAGCAGAUGUCAGAGGCUGGGAUUAAGUACAUUCCCAGCAACACCUUCUCAUACUAUGACCAGGUGCUUGACACAACGGCCAUGCUUGGUGCCGUCCCGGACCGCUACUCUUGGACUGGCGGGGAAAUUGGUCACAGCACCUACUUCUCAAUAGCCAGGGGCAAUGCCACUGUCCCUGCUAUGGAGAUGACCAAGUGGUUUGACACCAACUACCACUUCAUUGUACCUGAAUUGAGCCCAGCAACCAAGUUCUCAUACGCUUCACACAAGGCUGUCUCUGAAUACAAGGAGGCAAAGGCGCUCGGUGUUGACACUGUUCCAGUGCUUGUUGGACCAGUCUCAUACUUGCUGCUCUCCAAGGCAGCGAAGGGUGUGGAGAAAUCAUUCUCUCUUCUUUCACUUCUUGAUAGCAUUCUUCCCAUCUACAAGGAGGUUGUGACUGAGCUGAAGGCAGCUGGUGCUUCAUGGAUUCAGUUUGAUGAGCCCACCCUUGUUAAGGACCUUGCUGCUCACGAAUUGGCUGCGUUCUCUUCAGCAUAUGCUGCACUCGAAUCGGCACUCUCUGGAUUGAAUGUGCUUAUUGAGACAUACUUUGCUGAUGUUCCUGCUGAAUCUUACAAGACCCUCACAUCAUUGAGUGGCGUGACUGCCUAUGGUUUUGAUCUUGUUCGUGGAACCAAGACGCUUGAGCUUAUCAAGAGCGCUGGUAUCCCAUCUGGGAAGUACUUAUUUGCUGGUGUUGUAGAUGGAAGGAACAUCUGGGCUGAUGAUCUUGCUGCAUCUCUCAGCACUCUUCAGUCUCUUGAGGCGGUUGUUGGCAAGGACAAGCUUGUGGUGUCCACCUCCUGCUCACUGAUGCACACUGCUGUUGAUCUUGUGAACGAGACUAAGCUUGACAGUGAGAUCAAGUCAUGGCUCGCAUUUGCUGCCCAAAAGGUGGUUGAGGUGAAUGCACUUGGCAAGGCUUUGGCUGGUCUCAAGGAUGAGGCCUACUUUGCGGCCAAUGCCGCUGCUCAGGCCUCAAGGAGGUCGUCACCCAGAGUGAACAAUGAGGAGGUUCAGAAGGCUGCGGCUGCUUUGAAGGGCUCUGACCACCGCCGUGCUACCCCUGUCUCUGCUAGACUGGACGCUCAGCAGAAGAAGCUCAACCUUCCUAUCCUUCCGACAACAACAAUUGGUUCAUUCCCUCAGACAAUGGACCUCAGGAGGGUCCGCCGUGAGUACAAGGCGAAGAAGAUCUCUGAGGAGGAGUAUGUCAGUGCUAUCAAGGAAGAAAUUAGCAAGGUUGUCAAGAUCCAAGAGGAGCUUGACAUUGAUGUGCUCGUCCAUGGAGAGCCUGAGAGAAAUGACAUGGUUGAGUACUUUGGCGAGCAAUUAUCUGGUUUUGCAUUUACUGCCAAUGGAUGGGUGCAAUCCUAUGGAUCACGUUGCGUGAAGCCACCGAUCAUCUAUGGUGAUGUCAGCCGCCCCAACCCCAUGACAGUCUUCUGGUCCAAGAUGGCUCAGGACAUGACCCCUCGCCCAAUGAAGGGAAUGCUGACUGGUCCUGUCACAAUCCUCAACUGGUCUUUUGUCAGGAACGACCAGCCAAGGUUUGAGACAUGCUACCAGAUUGCUCUUGCCAUUAAAAAGGAGGUCGAGGAUCUCGAAGCUGGCGGUAUUCAGGUGAUCCAGAUCGACGAGGCUGCUCUAAGGGAAGGUCUGCCGCUGCGCAAGUCGGAGCAUGCUUUCUACUUGGACUGGGCUGUCCACUCAUUCAGAAUCACCAACUGCGGUGUGCAAGAUACCACUCAGAUCCACACUCACAUGUGCUACUCCAACUUCAACGAUAUCAUCCACUCCAUCAUCAACAUGGACGCCGACGUCAUCACCAUUGAGAACUCCCGCUCCGACGAGAAGCUCCUCUCGGUCUUCCGCGAGGGCGUGACCUAUGGAGCCGGCAUUGGCCCUGGCGUCUACGACAUCCACUCCCCCAGGAUCCCCUCCACGGAGGAGAUUGCCGACCGCGUCAACAAGAUGCUCGCGGUGCUCGACACCAACAUCCUGUGGGUGAACCCCGACUGCGGCCUCAAGACCCGCAAGUACACGGAGGUGAAGCCCGCCCUGACCAACAUGGUCGCCGCGGCCAAGCUCAUCCGCACCCAGCUCGCCAGCACAAAGUGAAGAGCCUGAUACUACUACCUAUUGUUUUGUGGGGACAGAGCGCCAAAUGAGCCACAUUUGUUUCGAAUAAUCCGAUUCUUUAUCGUACCGCCGUCCGGAGUUUGGCUAGGGUUAGUCCUGCUAUGGUAAACUGGUGCGUGUUGACAUGUUGUAUCUAUGUUUGGUGGGUGGUUUCUUAUUGUUUACAGGCUGCGGUCUUGAGCUUAUGUCUCGUCGCGGUUCGUUAUAAACGGAGUUGAAAAUUGUCUUGCA